GCGCGGGCGGCGGGGCGCUCUGGGCGGCCGCUCCGCUCUCUAUGGUGCGAUGGGAGGAGCGGCGGGGCACGGCGGGCGGCUCCGGCCCGGCGGUCCUGGCGCCUUCGGCGAGCACCAUGUCGCCUCCGAAAGAAAAUGUCAGCUUACUGUUCAAGCUGUACUGCCUCACAGUGAUGACCCUGGUGGCUGCCACGUACACGGUUGCAUUGCGGUACACGAGGACAGUGGAGACAGAACUCUACUUUUCAACGACGGCUGUGUGCAUCACUGAAGUUAUCAAGUUGUUCUUGAGUGUGGGCAUCUUGGCUAAAGAAACUGGAAGUCUGGCAAGGUUAAUAACAUCUUUAAAAGAAAAUGUAUUUGGAAGUCCUACAGAAUUGCUAAAAUUAAGUGUUCCAUCUUUGGUGUAUGCUCUCCAAAACAAUAUGGCAUUUGUGGCUCUUAGCAACUUGGAUGCAGCAGUCUACCAGGUGACAUACCAGUUGAAGAUCCCUUGUACAGCUUUAUGUACAGUCCUGAUGCUGAACCGUACCCUCAGUAAGUUGCAGUGGUUCUCUGUGUUCAUGCUGUGCGGUGGUGUUACCCUUGUUCAGUGGAAGCCUGCUCAGGCUACAAAAGUACAGGUGGAGCAGAAUCCAUGGCUAGGGUUCGGAGCGAUUGCUGUGGCUGUAUUGUGUUCAGGAUUUGCAGGAGUUUAUUUUGAGAAGGUCUUAAAGAGUUCAGAUACUUCCUUGUGGGUGAGGAACAUUCAGCUAUACUUAUCUGGGAUUGUGGUAACUUUAGUCGGUGUGUACAUGUCAGAUGGAGCCCAAGUUAUGGAGAAAGGAUUUUUCUAUGGCUAUACAUACUACGUCUGGUUUGUCAUCUUUCUUGCCAGUGUAGGUGGCAUCUACACUUCGGUGGUGGUUAAGUACACAGAUAACAUUAUGAAAGGCUUUUCUGCAGCAGCAGCCAUUGUUCUCUCUACUGUGGCAUCAGUCAUCCUCUUUGGCCUCCAGAUAACUGCUACCUUCUCCCUGGGUGCUCUCCUGGUGUGUAUUUCUAUUUACCUCCAUGGAUUACCUCGACAAGACACCACAAAAAUCCAGACCUCAGAGAUUAAGAGCUCAAAAGAAAGACUUGCUACUGUGUGACAUUGUCCAUAAAAAUGGACAAAAGAAAAAACAGACUUUAAAAAAACCUUGACUUUUUUUAAAAAUUAGCCUUAAGCUAGUCAUGAAAUGGUUUAAGUGGGACACACUAAAAGCAGAAGUUUUAUAUGAAGUUUCCAGUGGUUGACGCUGAGGCUACACUGCACCUGAGGAGCUACCUGGGUGUUUUAUGGAAGGUAUUCUUCAUUCACAUCAACAAUGAAGAGUCUCACUUACAAGGAAAACUCAAUGAAGGAGCUGAUCACUCAAUUGUAUAUAAUGUUUAUAAUGGAGGCAAAUUGGUUCUUUGUGCAUUUGAUAAACUGUCUUGCCCUUCGAGGGCAGAAAUGCCUGAAAGCUUCAUAAAAAAAACUAUUAAAAAGAGCAAUUACUGCCAGCAUUUUCUCUUAAAAUACUUGGCAACUGUAGUUUGAUUCAUGACAGGAAAAGUUUUUCUUCUAGGUGAUAGGUACGAGACAACACAACUCUACUGGGAAUAACCAUGCUGUGAGAUCACUUACCUAGGAGUGAUUAGAGGUAGCACGUGCUGUAUGGUUUAUAAAGUCAGAAUGAAAGACA